AUGUCCCACAUUGUCGAGCACUUGAACGCUCCCUCUUCUUACCGUGAUUCACGGGCGCGCAGCUCUGCGCACGAGCAGCAAAUGGCACUUGCUCAAAGUGCAACGCUGUACAUCGGCAAUUUGUCGUUCUAUACCACCGAGGAACAAAUGUACGAACUGUUCGCUCGUGUCACCAAUGUGACCGGUGGCGGCGGAAUCAAGCGUAUCAUUAUGGGCUUGGAUCGAAACACCAAGACGCCAUGUGGAUUUGCUUUCGUUGAGUUUUAUACACACGACGAGGCUGUCGACUGCAUGCGCUUUGUCUCGGGUACGAAACUGGAUGAACGAGUCAUUCGAUGCGAUCUUGACCCUGGAUAUCGUGAUGGUCGACAAUAUGGCCGCGGCCGCUCUGGCGGACAAGUUCGUGACGAAUACCGCCAAGAAUAUGAUGCUGGUCGUGGUGGCUGGGGUCAUAACCGCAUGCGUGAAGAAGAAGAGCGCAAGCGGAUAGAAGAGCAGCAAAAGCGUGAGAGCGAGCGUCACGAACGUCGUGAAGAAGUGUACCAGGAGUCUCAAGGCGCCAUUGACGCACACAAAGCGCCCGCCGGUGCCGAUGCAGAAUACUAUGAAACAGAGAGGUCUCAACGAGCAGGUCCAGAGGCCACUAUGGAUGAUACGGCGAUGAGUGCAAAGCGCCAGCGUGACGAAGAUGACUAUGCCGAUGCUGCUGCGCACGAUUCGUCAGACGCAAAGAACCCCCGUACAGAAGAGUAG